AUGGGAACAAGGCUCAACAUGGCAUCUAUGAUGAAGGUGAUAGGAGAGUAUGGGGAGAGGGUAGUGGAGCUGUGCAAGAAGCUUUUGAGGCUGUUGGGGGAGGAAUUGGGCAUUGGUGAGGAAUGUCUCUUAGAGAGAUUUGGUGGGGAGGAAGGUUUGGCUGCUUGUUUCCGCAUCAACUACUACCCCAACUGCCCUCAGCAUGAAUUGGCAAUUGGUUUGUCUCCUCACACCGAUCCCGGCAUUUUCACUGCCAUCUUCCAGAAUGAUGUUUCUGGCUUACAGGUCUUCAAGGAUGGCAUUUGGAUCUCCGUUCCUCCCACUCCUGAUGCCCUCCUCUUCAUCAUUGCUGACCAACUCGAGAUACUUUCAAAUGGAAUUUACAAGAGCGUGAAUCACAGAACACCUGCGAAUGGAGAUAAAGAGAGGAUGUCUAUGGUUGUGUUCUUCAACCCAGAAGGGAACAAGAAGAUAGGACCCAUGGAUAUACUGGUGGAGCGUUGUGGAGGUCUUCGUUUGUACAAUGAUAUGACUUUCAAUGACCACCGCAAGCUCAUCAGGACUUUAGGUGUCCGCGGUAAGGCCAUCUUGGAUUCCAGGUCCACCACCAAAGAUAGUGUCCUCAGCUGAGCCAGGCCUUAAAUAAAUUCAAUUAGUAAUGAUCCUAAUGGAUUCAGCAUCCACUCUCUUUGCUGCUAAUUAAAUACACCUACCCAUCUUUUUAUAUCAUUCCAUUCCAUAAAUCAAAAAACUCUUCUUCACUUAAAACUACAAACCUAUGAUGUACUGUUUCUCUUCUUUCUAAGCCAGUAUGAGUUGGCAGUUGUUUGCACCGUUUGUCUCUGGCUUUGUUGGGGUGUUCUUUGCUGCCCAUUCUUUCUUGUAAGCUUCUUUUAUGUUGCAAUAGAAUUUACUUUUUACUUGGCUAGUAAAAGAAAAUACAUCAUCACAGCAUUCUACAUGAA